AUGCAACGCCUCGACUACGCACUGGAGCGCCUCGCGCUUAGGCCCUCGUGGCUGGGCAGGGCUGGGGCCUCGCGAGACUGGCCUCGCACAGUGAUCCCCUCUGCCACCCAUGGCACCUCCGAUAUGUCGCGACCGAGCGCUGUGGCCUUAGUGACAGGCCAGCUGGCACCGCACAGCUUAACCCCCGGCCGAGAUCCCAUUCAUCCCUCUGGACCACCCGUUUCUGGAGAAGGCGGGGCGGCAGCCGUGGCGCACGUGGCGCUCUGGGCCUGGGGGCGGCCGGAGCCGGCGGGAGGCGCCGCCCGCCAGAACGGGCCAGCGGGCUUCACCUACCCCGCGGCACCCUCUGGUGCGGGGCGGGGAAACAACGCCGACAGCUACGGAGCAGCUGGCGGGGCGGCAGCCGCUGGGCGCCACGUGGGCUCGGGGCCGGGGGCGCCGGAGCCGGCGGGAGGCGCCGCCCGCCAGACGGCCAAGCGGGGCUUCACCUACCCGGCGCACCCUCUGGUGCGGGGGCCGGGAAACAACGCCGACAGCUACGAGCAGCUGGGAGAACAUCAAGAGACGGAUGAGUGCUGCCGGGAACACGACCACUGUCAGCACGUCAUCCACCCCUUCACAUCCAAGUACGGCUACCGGAACCUCCGCUGGCACACGAUCAGCCACUGUGCCUGCGACCUGCGGUUGAAAGGCUGCCUGAGGCAGGUGAAUGACACUGCCUCCCGCGUGGUGGGCCAGGCCUUCUUCAACGUGAUCCAGGUGCCCUGCUUUGAGUUCACCUACAAAGAGCAGUGUGUGGAGCCCUAUCUGUACCUCUGGUGCAGGAAGUACAACACUGUGCCCAUUGCGGUCCCCCGGAAGCCAGUGCUCUAUGAGUUUGGUGGGGAACUGAUAGACAAAGUGGCAGCCGGCUCAGACAGGGCCCCCUCCAGCCCAGCACCCCAGCCCAGCACCCCCCCGCCUAGAGGGAGCACGGGCAGAUGGGCACCUCCUCCGACAAAGCAUCCACCCCCAGGCCAGGUUGUCACACAGGCUAUGAACAGCUUCCAGGAAUCUGCACCCAGUGGGCCCAAGCCAGAGAGCCCCGCCAGGAACCAGCGGAAGGGGAGAGAGAAGAAGAGAGGGAGGAAAACCAAGAAAGGAAAAAGGCUGAAAAAGAAGAAAGUCCAUUCCAAAGGUGAGGUGCUGGGGCUCCCCACCCCCACUGCAGAUGCUGCCUCCCUCCUCCCCAAGCACCUGGUGCUGGACUUUGGGGGAAAGGAGGAUGUGUUCAAUGCUAUCCUGAAUGAUGCCCCCGCCGGGGAGGAGACCCUGACUCCACGUGGGACAGUGCAGGCUGAAAGCAGGGACCGGGGGCAGUGGAAGGCAAUGCUGUUGCCUACUCUCCAGCCCACACUCCCAACUGCCAGCAGGAGGAAGAGGAGGAGGGAAAGAAAUGGACGGAAGCACCCGCGAAAGGAAGCAGAGUCUCUGCCCAGGCCUGUAUGAGACUCGCUGCAGCCAAGGCCGACCUUCCCCAGAUCCCCAAAGGGGCGGCUUGUCACUGUAAUAAAUUAGCUCGAUGCA